UUACUAAUUAAUUUACGUUUAUAUUUCAGAUGAAACUUAUAAUAACAUUGGCGUUGCUGGCUGCAGGCCACGCUCAUAUUAUUAAGCCAGCAUGUGACCUGCUCUCCAUCCAAUCAAUUAUCUAUCAGAAGGAGGUCCUGAAAGAAAACGUAAAUGACCCGUACCAGAUGGCCAUUGACUAUAACACCAAUACGCUCUUCUUCAGUUUUUCAGCAGCUAACCCAAUUACUGAAGUAGAUAAGUUUGAGCAAGCGUAUUUGAACCUGAAGACUAACAAAUUUCACAUUAUUUCUGGGAUCAUUGGUGGAUUUGCCGCUACUGUCGACAAUAAUAACCACAAAGUAUACCUCGGUGGAAGAAACGGCAUCUACGAGUAUGAUUACGAGGCAGACAAAGCAACCCAUGUCAACCCUAAAGGAUACAGCAUUUGGCAAUUGUUCUUCAAGGACAAGCUUUACUACACCGCCUACCCACAAGAAAGAGUGUACACUUUUGAAGGUGGUAACUCAACUAUAGUACCUGAACUGAGGCAUACGAUGGUACAACUGGUAGCUCUUGAUAAUGACCACAAUAUGUAUUUCUCCAACUCAUCUGGUCUAUUUCGUUUGAAUAAAUCUGACAAGUUAAUUGUUAAACUAGGUGAAUAUAACAUUAACAGCUUCACGGCAGACAUAAAUGGUAAUGUGUACUUCUCGACGCCUUCUGCUUUUUAUAAUAUUGAUAAGAAAAAGAAUGUACAUCAACUAGCGGAUCUUGAUGACGUUUUCGGGUUGGUUGUCGACGGGGAUAACUUUAUUUACGGGUCAGGAGAUAAAAUUAUCAGAUUGACUCCCACCACUAAAAAAAAUUGUUAGUGACUAAAUAUCUAAAUACUCACGAAGUACAGUUUUCGCUCUUAAUAAUAAUAAUAAUAUAUUAUUUAUUGUGCAUAAUUAAAACAAAUCUCUCUUAUUAGUUAACCAUUAGUUACAGUGAAAAAUUCAGUAUCCACAGCUCUUACAUGGACGAUUUCCUGGAUAGAAUGGACGAUGUUGCCGAAGAUGCACAGAUGGCAUCCGAUGUUGUGACUAUUCAUCGUAACGCAUGUUUCGAAAUGUGUGGCUGGAUUUCUAACGAUCUAGAAGCAUUGCGUCUUAUGCCGACUGAAGCGCGCGCCGCCCAGCCUAGUGAGAUGUCACUUGGUGGUGAAUCAAGUAGCGUCAGAGCCUUGGGUGUUUCAUGGGAUCCUAUAUCGGACACUAUCGGAUUUAGGACUAGUUUAGAAGGUCUCAUACUACAGGGCAGUUUUCAUAAACGCAUAGUAUUGUCCCACCUCAUGAAAGUAUCCGACCCACUAGGUUUGUUUGUUGUUGUUUGUUUGUGGUCAAAGGGCGUAUACUGCUUCAGGAGGCGUGGAGAUCCAAUAUUGACUGAGACACACCCUUUCCACCAUCACAGAUAUUUAUAUUUGGCCUGCGCAAGUAUGACCAUGUGUCACAGUUCCGUUCUCAGCUCAAGUGGCUUCCUAUUCGUCUCCGCCGUGACUCUCAUGUCUCAUGUUCUCGCCCUUCUAGUCUAUGGCAUUCUCUUUAACCCCGCUACACCACCUUUAUCUCAAACAGCGUUUCAAGUAUCUCUCUUCUAUCAGAUUAUAUUCUUCAUAUAUAGACCCAAAUUUUUUGCUCUCCAGUGUAUUUUUAAUAGGUAGUGGCAAUGAUAUGAAACUAUUAAUACGUGAGUAAAGUUUGGCACCAUCCAACUAAUCUGAUUAUAAAUCUAGAAGGUGGAUAGGGGAACUCUUCGGUACCUACUAGUAAACCUAAGGAGCUUAGGUCCAGGACUUCGUGAAGCAUAACGUCCGUAAUAUAAUACCUUGGAGAUACCAAUUUGAAUUUAGAAUUUGUUGCGAAAAAUACAGUAAUCUAUUGAUUACAUUUUCUGAUGGCUGCUAACUACGGUUGAAGCAGAAUAAAAGUGUGUAUAAAAACAAACAUAUUACAGUCAUAAAGGCAAACAGAAUAAAGGUAUUGAUGACAAUCAGGAUACUUUUUAUGCCGGGAACCAUCCAUCCCCUAAAGGAGUAUCCUAUUUCUAGUCGCUUGGCGAAAUGAACUCUCGAGUGGAAACCCGCGAAUAUCCGUCGUGGUAAAAGAUGGAAAGACGACAAUAUUUACAAGCUGAUGGUGAUAACUGGGUACAGGUGGAACGACUAUCAGAGGAAUGGAGAGGAGGCCUAUGAUAUUGACGAAAAUACGGAUAUAUUAGACAAAACGGUCAUAAAAAUAAAAAUAUUAUAUAUUUAUAUAAUAGGUAUGUCUAGGCUACUUAUUACUAGGCAACAUGUCUAUGCCUCCCUUUAUUUUAGGAUAUUUUAUUAUCGCAUGAAUUACAUCAAAAUGAUCAAAAUAAACAAACAACAUGCAGAGGUGUUAAAUUUGAACGAUUGUGAUUGUGACGUUACCUUACCUGUUUUUAAUUUAUGAGAUACUUUGCUAAUUUUGUCGUUUUUUAUGGGCCAAUUUUAUUUUGAUUUUUUUAAGCUGGCCUAAACUAAAGGAAUAGGUUUUCUUGUUAAGCAUAACCAAGCACGCAAAGGUUAUUUUAAAAACCUGUCGAAUCUCACUAACCGUAUACCAGUACCGUAAACGCCAGUACCAUAUACCAGUGAAUAUAAUCAUUAUGUUUAGAAUAAUCUGCGAUUGAGGCCGCGGACUGGACUCAAGGGACUUACAUUAUACUAACUAUACAUAUAAUAUUUAAACAGAGAAAAGCCUGUUGAAUUUGACAUGCUUUUAUUUUUCUUAUGUAAUUGAAAAGUUGAAAAUAUUAGCAAAUUAGGUUAAUAUUCUGUGGUUUUAAUUAUUCGGCCUUAUUUGAGGCCACAAAGUGUACCUAAAAUGGAGUAUUCGUAACGCGUAAUAAUUACAUUGCUCGCUGUGAAUGACUUUCUGGCGAUAAAGUCCUAAGUUAUUCCGAGCGCGGGAACUUACAGAAACUCAGCUUCACGUGUCUGAAAUUUUAUGCCGUAAAGUUUUCAUAAAAUGUUAAUGCACCACUUUAUUCCAAAUUUUCAGCGAAAAAGUCCCAGCAGUGUCUACUUGUCUACUAAUUAAAAAAAACAGACUGUAACGUACUAUCAAUUUGGCAAUUGAGUUCAACAGGUAAUAUUUUAAUGUAAUACUUCCCCGCGGCCACUCACUGAAGGUAUCUUCGAUUUACUGAAUUUAAGAGUAUCCUUUAACUACCCCCCCCCCCCUUCACUGGGGGAAUAUGUGAAAUCCGCACGUGUCACUGGUCUCUUCAUUUAACAUGUGGCUUUCAAUUUUUCGCUUCACUGAAUAGCACCCGCCGCCCAAAUAAACUAAGUUAACUUUCGCAAUCGUUAAGUAACUAAAGAAUAAUGUCUACUACAUCAUGUACCACAUUCAAACGGAAAUUAAAUAUCAACAAAAUAUAUAUAUCAAUAUUUCAUAAAAUAAUUUAAGCCACCAAACGAAGGAAAAAUGAGGGAAAUAAUUCGUGUAUAAGCGUAUUUUGGCAUAGUUGUAUUCAAUGGAGUAUUAAACAACAUACUAAAAGUACCGGAGGGUGGGGGUGAAGCUAACGGAUUGGGGGGAGGGUUUAAAGGUCCUUUUAGGGUUUCGUACCCAAAGAUUAAAAACGGGACCCUAUUACUAAGAAUCCGCUGUCUGUCUGUCUGUAUGUCCGUCUGUCACCAGGCUGUAUAUCAUGAACCGUGAUAACUAAUAGACAGCUCUGAAAUUUUCAGAGAUGAUGUAUUUCUGUUGCCGCUAUUUAUGUAUACUAAAAACAGAAUAAAAUAAAUAUUUAAGUGGAGCCUCCAUACAACAAACGUGAUUUUUUUGCCGUUUUGAGCGUAAUGGUACGGAACCAAUCGUGCGCGAGUCUGACUCGUACUUGGCCGGUUUUUUUUAUAGUUUUAGCCUGGUCAAGCAAAUCAGUCAGUAUAUAAUGACAAUAUACACCAAAAAAAGGUUUUUUGUCAUGAAAACGAUAGCCAAUGAUGACCUUUUAUACCCGAGAGAACGAGAGCUUGGUAUUUCUUAAGUUAUUUACUUAUUUUCCUCUAAAUGAAACAAUUUUUCGGUUUAUUCAUAUAUUUCGAUAGACAUCAUUCAUAAUAGUAUGGUAAGCAUAUUUUUUUUAUAUUUACACAGUAUAUACGAGUAUAGGGUGUUUUCCAACCCUCAUCCAUAUUUUGCUGUUUGAAUUUAUUGGUCAUACUGAGCAACUUUGCAGAGCAGGGUUGAAAAAAAAACAGCCUGUGUAAUAAACUGAACAAACAUUAUAUACCGUAUUCAAAAUGGUAAUAUUUCAUCAUCAUCACUCACUCCACUCACUCAUUAUUGCCAUUCUACAAACAUUUAUUUUGGGUCGGUGAUAAUCUAAUAAUUUUAUCUCCGGUCCCGUAAAUGAAUAUAUUUUUUCCAUCGACAACCAAUCCGACAACGUCAUAAUGAAGAUCUACUAGUUUAUUAACCUUUAUCUAUUAUUGUAAAAACCAGAUGGCGUCGAGUCUGCAUAAUCUCAAAUGACUUUUACGUCUAAGACGGUAAUCUGUUAAACAAAAGCCAUUGUCACUUUUGUGUGAGCUGUCGGCCUUUGUGUGCCAUUGUGUGUUGGCGCGUGCCACGGAGCGUGCGGCGCUCACACAAUGGCACACAAUGGCCAACCGCUCGCACAAAAGAGAGGUCUUCCAGCAUAAAAACACGGAUACCCUGUUCUCGAAAUUUAAUAGUUUAUUGUUUCGACUGAGCUAAUUACCCUAUAGUACCUAUUUAAAUUAACCCCACCGUUUAAGCCUUAAUGCCAAAUUGUAGGGUUUUUUUGCGUUUACCAAGAUGGUGAAAUCAACAUACCUAUAAGGGUACCCCAGUUAAAGUUGUUACACUUCUUCCUGCUGACGGCAGUGUAUAGCGCGGUUUUGCUCGUUAAAAAUUAAAUUAGAUUUGACAUUCGUUCAAUCUCUCUGUUUAGCAAACAAUGUAAUGCCAUUUCACAUAAUAAAUAGGUAAGUACAUAAUUUUUCAGAAUUGUUACUAAGAGAUAAAAACAAGAUUAUUACAGUUCAGCGAGAGCUAUUACGCCGUCUCGGUCAUCAAGCAGCUGGAUGUAAUUAUCAUCAAGCGAGUUGAUGUUUCUCCCUUAAUUACUUCAUUAUAUGAAAACUAAGGCGCUUGCAAAUAAUCAGUUUUACGAUUCUUAUAUUUUUAAAUUUAUAAAAGCAUUUUAAUGGGUCAUCACGUUUGACAUGGUCUUUUAUGACUCAUUUAAUUAAUUGUAUAAAGUGUAUAUGAGUAGCAAGUUAAUUAACAGAUAAGUUUGUUUUCUUCUGUAUAUUGUCCUGUAGGUUUUCCUGUAUCUGUUUUACUUCAUAAUCUUCCUCGCGUUAUCCCGGCAUUUUUUCUACGGCUCCUGGGUGCCUGGGGUCCGCUUGGCAACUAAUCCCGAGAAUUGGCGUAGGCACUAGUUUUUACGAAAGCGACUGCCAUCUGACCUUCCAACCCAGAGGGUAAACUAGACCUUAUUGGGAUUAGUUCGGUUUGCUCACGAUGUUUCCUUCACCGAAAAGCGACUGGUAAAUAUCAAAUGAUAUUUCGUACAUAAGUUCCGAAAAACUCAUUGGUACCUAUGAGCCUGGGUUUGAACCCGCAACCUCCGAAUUGAAAGUCGCACUCUCUUACCGCUAGGCGACCAG